UGUAGCCAAUGUCUACGUAACAAUAAUUUACAAGUAAAAGUUCUACAAGUUACCGAAAGUUGAACAGUGUAUAUAUACGCACGAAUAACUUAUAAUUAUUCGACGUUAACGAUUGAAACCAGCACAACUUAGACGUACUACGUACAAUCAUCUGACCCAUUUGCAUUUAACAGACCGCUACUGUUUAGUGCAGGUGAUACAGCAGCCAUGUGCUUGAAACGGGAUAAUGAUGACAAUUGUGACAAGUUUUUGUUUCCGUUUCCGAUAAUGGACACUAUCGAUUUGACGAUAGAUGAAUUAGGGGAUGAUGAUGACUUUGUGGAAAUCACACCACCGCUUGUCGACCAGUGGAAUUAUCCGUACAAUUUGUUGCCAUCUAGUGAUGAAGAAGAGCCGGCGAGAGGUUUCAUAAGCCAUAUGGAGGACGGUAAUGGAGAUGUUCAUUAUACUCGUUCAAGUACCACUCAUGACUUAUCAAAUGAAAUAAAUCAAAAUGCUAACACACCAAGUGCAUCAGUAAAUAUCAACUUUAGUAUUUCGGAAACCAACAAUACUGAUCAAUCUAGUGAAGAUAGAGAAUUUGAAUUGAAUAUACCACAAAUAUUGUUAUCGAUGUCCAGAAUAUCACAUAAUUUGUACAAUCAAUCUUCGUCAUCUCAUGAUUAAUUAGUCUUAUGUAUGUAUACUAUAAUAUUGUUUUAUUUAAUCAGUAAAUUGUACAUUUUCAUAAAAAAUAUACUUUAGUUCAAUAAAAUUAUUAAUUGUUUAAAGGAA